AAGCAAUGUUUGAAGGAUCAUCAAGAUUGUAUCAGGAACAUGAGUUUAGUGCAGGCAGCUAUUAAAGAAGUUAUACUGAUACAAUAUUUGUCCUAUUCUAUUGAUACCGCAGCCUUUCUGAUUCCAGUAUUAAUCGAAGAAAUUUUCGUGCAGAGGAUCCGAUUUAUGUUUGGACUUUUUAUGGCUGUUUCUCAAAUGUUUGUAUUUUUUUGGUUUGCUAACGUCUUACAAGUAGAGAGUGCAGAGAUUUGCCAUUUCCUCUACAACGAAAACGAUUGGUUAAAAUGCGACAAAGACCAGUCGAAACUACUGCAGAUGAUGAUGACAAUGUCACAAAGACGACUUGUGUUAAAGGCAGUUGCAGUGGGGGAAAUGGAUAUCGGCUGUUUCACGAAGAUGAUGAGGCUCUGCUACUCGAUAGUCACGUUUUUCUUCACCGUGUAUACCAAGUAAUACCACCGUGUAUACCAGCUUACAAUUUGCAAAUAGUUACGUUGCACCUUACUCAAACCUCAUUUACUCCACGACAAAAUAAUCAAGGGCACUCUAUCGCC